AUGAGAAUUAAUAUGCCGUAUCUCACGUCCAAGGUAUCGCAGUCAAAUGCUAACGAUACUGUUGACGAUGCUGAUAGCGUAGAGUUUGAUAAUGAGCGUGACUCGCCUACAAAGACAACUAAAAUUACACUUGAGUCACACGAAAUACGAAGGGCGUCCGCUAACGAUGACGAAGACAGAAUUCAGAUUAAACCCGUAAAUGACGAGGACGACACAUCUGUCAUGAUUACUUUCAAUCAAUCUCUUUCACCCUUCAUUAUUAUUUUGACUUUUGUUGCGUCCAUAUCCGGAUUCAUGUUCGGUUACGACACUGGUUAUAUAUCUAGUGCCCUGAUCUCGAUCGGAACUGAUCUAGACAAUAAGGUACUCACUUACAGGGAGAAAGAAAUUGUCACUGCUGCAACUUCUCUAGGGGCAUUGAUCACAAGUAUUUUCGCUGGUACUGCAGCUGACGUGUUUGGUAGGAAGCGUUGUUUGAUGGGGUCUAAUCUAAUGUUUGUUAUUGGCGCAAUUCUUCAGGUCUCCGCACAUACUUUCUGGCAAAUGGCCGCUGGUAGACUAAUCAUGGGUUUCGGUGUCGGUAUCGGUUCUUUAAUCGCGCCACUUUUUAUAAGCGAGAUCGCCCCCAAGAUGAUUAGAGGAAGGCUUACCGUUAUUAAUUCCUUAUGGUUGACCGGUGGUCAACUGGUUGCUUACGGCUGCGGUGCUGGGUUAAACUACGUCAACAACGGUUGGAGAAUCCUUGUUGGGCUGUCCCUGAUCCCUACCGCCGUGCAAUUUACGUGCCUGUGCUUCUUGCCAGACACUCCAAGAUAUUAUGUCAUGAAGGGUAAUUUGGAAAAGGCUACAGAAGUUCUUAAAAGAAGUUACACUGACACAUCGGAGGAGAUCAUUAAGCGUAAAGUCGAGGAGCUUGUUACUUUAAAUCAAUCCAUUCCUGGUAAAAGCGUACCUGAAAAAGUUUGGAAUACUAUCAAAGAAUUGCACACAGUUCCAUCUAAUUUAAGAGCUUUAGUUAUUGGCUGUGGGCUACAAGCAAUUCAACAAUUUACCGGUUGGAAUUCAUUGAUGUAUUUCUCCGGUACCAUAUUCGAAACUGUUGGUUUCAAAAAUUCCUCCGCUGUUUCAAUCAUCGUUUCCGGUACCAAUUUUAUCUUUACUUUAAUUGCCUUUUUCUGUAUUGACAAAAUUGGUCGUAGAACCAUUCUAUUAAUCGGAUUGCCAGGAAUGACCAUGGCUUUAGUUGUGUGUUCUAUUGCCUUCCAUUAUUUAGGCAUUAAGUUUGAUGGCACUGUCGCUGUUGUGGUCUCUUCUGGUUUCUCCUCCUGGGGUAUUGUAAUUAUUAUCUUCAUUAUUGUGUUUGCUGCAUUCUACGCCCUUGGUAUCGGUACUGUUCCAUGGCAGCAAUCGGAAUUAUUUCCACAAAACGUGAGAGGUAUUGGGACUUCGUACGCAACUGCUACAAACUGGGCUGGCUCUCUAGUUAUUGCAUCCACAUUUUUAACCAUGUUACAGAAUAUUACUCCUGCAGGCACCUUUGCUUUUUUCGCCGGAUUAUCGUGUUUAUCCACUAUUUUCUGCUACUUCUGUUAUCCAGAAUUAUCGGGGUUGGAGCUAGAGGAAGUACAAACUAUCUUAAAGGACGGCUUCAAUAUCAAAGCUUCGAAGGCUUUGGCCAAGAAGAGAAAACAGCAAGUUGUCAGAGUUCAUGAAUUGAAAUAUGAACCAACUCAAGAAUUUAUUGAAGACAUAUAA